AUGAAGUUCCGCAAGCUUUCGGCAGCUUUCCUCGUCUCGCUGCUUCAUGCGCCUCAAUUGGUUGCCGCAGCUCUCAAUGCGACCGAAACUGACACUCAGUUGGUCAUCUCCAAUGACCGUCUGUACGCGGCUGUCCAGAAGAAGGGCGGUGCUAUCGUGAAGCUCACCCUCGACGGGACAAAUCUGCUCGGCAGCCCGUCAGGCUCGACAGGCAUCGGCCCCUACCUCGACUGCUACUGCACACCCAAGGGUUUCUGGACUCCAGGCUCUGUGACUCCAAAAUACAAGCUCUUCAAGGGUAAAGACUCCAAGGGCAAGGAUUAUGGCGGUAUUGUUAUGUCCGACACAUACGCCGAGACGGGACAGGUCCUGGAACAAUACUGGUUCCUGAGAGACGGCGAAACCGGCCUGCAUACAUUCAGCCGAGUCGCAUACCACAAUGAGGAGCAGCCGUUUCUGCGCAACCUACAAGAACUUCGAACGCUCUUCCGACCGAACAACGAUAUGUGGACUCAUCUCCUGACCAACACGAAGCAAUACGCGCCUCUCCCGGGUAAGGAGGCUAAGGAGAAGCAAGUCGUGGUACAGGAUGCUACAUGGUAUCUGGGUAACACUCCCGACGAUCCUUAUGUCAAGCAGGAGGCGGAUUACUUUACCAAAUACACAUUCCAGGACAACUGGCGUGAUAUUGAUGCUUAUGGACUGUUCGCCGAUGGCUCUAAGACUGAGGACGGAGAUGCUUAUGGCGCUUGGCUUGUUAUGAAUACCAAGGACACUUACUUUGGAGGACCACUGCACUCUGAUUUGGUUGUUGAUGGUAUUCUGUACAACUAUAUUAGCUCUAACCACCACGGAGACCAAACACCCAAUAUCACCAACGGAUUUGACAGAACCUUUGGACCUCAAUACUUUCACUUUAAUCGUUUCCCUGGCGAGACCGAUAUCCUGAAGGCCCAGGCCGACGCGGCGCAAUACGCGGACCCUGAAUGGAACGCCGAUUUUUACGAUUCAAUCGCGAAGCAUGUUCCCAAUUAUGUACCAAGCAAGUCCAGAGGAUCUUUUCAAGUUAAGGUCGAUCUUCCCAAGGGAGCCAAGAACCCCAUCGCUGUUCUCGCACAGAGCGGCGUUGACUUUCAGGAUAACGUCUUCGAUACAAAGGCGUACCAGUACUGGGCUAAUCUCGACGAGAGCGGCCGAGCUACAAUUCCCCGAGUAAAGUCGGGAACUUACCGUCUCACUGUGUAUGCCGAUAAUGUUUUUGGGCAAUACACUGAGGAUAAGGUCAAGGUCAAGGCUGGCAAGACUGAGAAGAAGAACGUUCGCUGGAGGGAAGAGUCCGCGGGCAAGGAGCUCUGGCGAAUUGGCACACCCGACAAGACCUCUGGUGAAUACCGUCACGGUUUCGAGCCUGAUACGUCCAAGCCGCUGCAGCCGGAACAGUACCGCAUCUACUGGGGUAACUGGGACUUUGUCAAGGACUUCCCUGACGGAGUCAACUUCAAGGUUGGCGAGAGCGAUGUUGGUAAGGAUCUCAACUACGUACACUGGAGUGUAUUCGGUGGAAAGGGUAACUAUCCACGCCCAGAACAGUAUGUGGGCAAUGGCGAUGUCAAUAACUGGACUAUUGCCUUUGAUCUGAGGGAGUCGCAGUUCAAGCGUAAGAAGCAGGCGACUUUCACUGUUCAGCUCGCGGGCGCCAAGACUGCUGCUGGGAACACAGAUAUUUACAAUGCCUCUGAACCUCAUUCGAACUUGAAGUAUACCGUCAACAUCAACGGCAAGGAUCUUGAGCCAUGGGUUAUUCCAUACCACCAAAGCAGCUCUUGCGCCGUUCGCUCUUCGGUGAGCUGUUACAACAUCGCGCACAAGUUUGAGUUCGAUGCCAGGUUCUUGAAGAAGGGCGAGAAUGAGAUUGUGCUGAGCUUGCCUUUUAAUGCGACGAACUAUGAAUCUGCUGUGCUGCCCACGACGGUGUACGUGCAGUAUGAUGCGCUCAGGCUGGAGAUCGACUAG